GUCCGGUGCCGUUUUCGUGCGUCGGGGACGAAACAGCACACGCCGACCAGAGAAAAUCGGCCGAGCAACGGUCCCAGGUGCCGCGGCAUCAAUCGUCGCGGCGUUCGGGCACGCGUAUGAACCUGUGUCACAAAUGACAGUCGAUCGGACGGGAGGGAAAGUCAGCUGCUCGCUGGAUUCGUCUGUCUAGCGGGGUAACCGGGACGCGAGAUGCAUCGGAGGGUGGGAUACAGCAACUACGAUGGCAAGAUCGCCGGCCUGUACGACCUGGAGGAGACACUCGGUCGCGGUCAUUUCGCCGUCGUGAAGCUGGCACGGCACGUUUUCACCGGCGAGAAGGUCGCUGUGAAGGUCAUCGACAAGAGCAAGCUCGACGAGAUCUCGAGAGCGCACCUCUUUCAGGAGGUGAGAUGCAUGAAGCUGGUGCAACACCCGAACGUGGUCAGGCUUUACGAGGUGAUAGACACCCAGACGAAGCUUUACCUGAUCCUGGAGCUCGGCGAUGGCGGUGAUCUCUACGAUUACAUCAUGCGGCACGACAGCGGGCUCAGCGAGGAGGUGGCCAGGACCUAUUUCCGGCAAAUAGUCAGAGCCAUAUCAUAUUGCCAUCGAUUACACGUGGUGCAUAGGGACCUGAAACCGGAGAACGUGGUGUUCUUCGAGAAGCUGGGCACCGUGAAGCUCACCGACUUCGGAUUUAGCAAUAGAUUCUGCCCUGGCCAGAAGCUCGAAACUUCUUGCGGCUCUCUAGCCUACUCGGCACCGGAAAUUCUGCUGGGAGAUAGUUACGAUGCUCCUGCCGUGGACGUCUGGUCGCUCGGGGUAAUUUUGUACAUGCUGGUGUGCGGCCAAGCCCCGUUCCAAGAGGCGAAUGACAGCGAGACUUUGACGAUGAUCAUGGACUGCAAGUACUCGAUCCCGCCGCACGUGUCGGACGGUUGCAAACGACUGAUCGCGAAGAUGCUCGUCCGGGAACCCGAAGGCAGAGCGACCCUCGAAGAAAUCGCUGCCGAUCCGUGGCUAGCAAUCGGCACCGACUCCGACUCCGUGGAAGCGUUGCCACUCGUGUCCAGGCAACAAGUCUCCGACGAUCAUCAUAAUCACAUAAUCAUCAAGAUGGUGAACGGUAACAUCGCCACCAAAGAAGAAAUAUUGGACGCCCUCGACAAUAACGAGUACAACCACAUAACGGCAACGUAUUUCUUGCUGGCUGAGAGGAAGCUGCGGGCGCACCGUCAAGAGCAGGUGCAGAAGUCUCGACCGGAGAUCCUGGACGUCUCGGCUAAGUAUGCUCGACAAGACGACGCGGCAACGAACUUGCGUACGGAGCAAAAUUCAUUGAGCACCGUGAACCAGUCGUUGCUGAGCGUGCCACGGACGCCGGGCGAGGUGCCGCAGUUCCAGAACGUCCGCACUCGGAAGUGCAGUAUCGUCCAGGAGGAGGAGGACGAGGACGAGGACGACGUGUCUUCGUGUUCGGGUCGCGACGAGCGGGGCAGCAACUCCGCGCUGAACUCGUUCAAUCGGCGCGGCUCGCGCUCCGAGGGCAAGCUUUCGCACAUCCUGCAGGACCGGCUGUCGCAACUGCCGGAGAAGCCGAGCCUGAAGCUUCAGCGGACCGCGGCGCCGAAGGAUGGCAGCGUCGUGUCCGUAAUCACUGACGCGAAGGAGAGGCUGUCGAGUCCGAGCAGCGGCAACGGCAACGAUGUCACUCCGCCGAACCACUUGAACGCGCCUGGUAGGCCCCAGCCAAGCAACAUGUUCGACAAAGUACCUGCGCCAACAAAGCUCGACUCCACCUACCAGGAGAACCUGAAGAACCGUCUCGGGGACCCGCCUGGUUGGGCGAGAAAGCAGACCACUACGGAAACCAGGCCAAUGUCAGUGACCGAGUGCUUGAAACCGGUGGGACCCGUACCACCGAACAAAUGGAGGAUGGGGGCGCAACACCGGUCCGCUGGCUGUUCCCUGGAAUCCGCAUUGCCAGCGAAACCGUCCGACUCCAGCACGGUCGCCACCACGACGACCAUUUUGACGGAGUCCUCGACGGUGCCUACCCCGCUUCGCCCCGUGGCUCUAAGCGAUAAUGUAUUAUCCCUCACGCCCAAGUACAAGACGAUGCCGUCGCCGAGCAGCGCGUCGACGACGUUGCCGCAGCUGACCUUGAAUGAGAUCCUGGAGGACGGGGACAGGGUCGCCGUGCCGACACCGGAGAGCGGCAGUUCCAAGUGUCGAGUGGUCAGGAGUUCAGGGUACGAUCAGAAACGGAGUAAGUUCCAUAAGACACGUACCACUUCUUGUUCGAGCUCGGACGCCAGCGACGACGACAGCGAGAGCAGGAAGAAGCGGGCGCACAAGUUAGGCGCGUCUGCGAAACCUUUGCCUUCCAGACGCGACAGUCACGACGACUCCAGCGAUUCUCAAGACCCCGGAGGGAGUGGUGGCGGAAGCGGUGGUGGUGGAGGCGUAGGGAACGGGGAGCACACGACGGAGCCUUCGAACGAAACGAAUCAGAACGACAACGGAAACACGACUAACACGACCACCACAACUACCACGACGACCGGCGGGAGGCACCGGUCCGGGGAGAAUCAGGUGAUCUUCGGAAGAAGGCAUCGGGCGGGCAGGAGAAGAGCCGGAGAGACGCGGUUGAGGGAGAGUCAGUCGUUGAACCGGAUCACCGAGGUGCAAGAGGCCGAAGCGCCUUCGUCGUGUCACAACCAGUGUCACGUGUCAAGGAACUCGGCCGUGUUAGGGGUGCAAAGUAUAUCCUCGUCGUCGUCUUCGGUGUCGCAAAGCAGCACGGGCUCCCACAACAUCGCGCAGACGAUGUCCCACGCGGCGGCCACCAUGCAGAAGGCCAAGGGCUUCGGGCAGAGGUUGCUGCAGAGCUGGUCCCUGAGCACCGGCAAGUCCUCGUUGUCGUCGCCCUCGAACGGACAGAACAGGUGCAGCCCGAACGGCCGGUGCAACAAGCAGGAGCCGCAAAGGGACUGCUGUCAGAGAAUCGAGAUGUGCUGCGAGGACAGGUGGGACAUAAACGGGGGCUCGGUGAACCAGAUACCGUCCAACGAUAAAGAGAACAGAAAUGGUUCCAUGAACAGGAACGACUGCAAGAACAGGAAGAUUCGGCUGCUCAGUCGCUACUUCGCCGUGCACAAGAAGCUCUGCGUGCCUCUGCCAGGUUUGUUCGGUAAAGGACGCUUGUACAAGGCUCGAUCCUGCGGCAGCAUCGCCCGCGACCGUGUCAGCCCGCCCUCGCCGAAGUCCAUGCUGUUUUGCACCACGGCGGACGAGAAGUGGCGGGAACGUCGGCAAUGGUGCGAUGUGAAACACCAGCACCGCGGCAGUGACGGCGACAUCAAUCAGAACCUCGGCCUGUCGCACCUGGUGCAGGAGAGCGUCGUGGGAAAAGGGUGCACCGCGCUGCCCACGGUCUGUCACAUUCACCUAGGCGAUGCCUCCAAGUGCUGCAGCCUCUGUUGAUGAAGCGGCAACAGCCGCCAGCGGACCGAUGCACGGUGUUUCGGGAACGAGGGUGGCUAAGACAAAAACCAUAGCUUCAUUAUCGUAUAAGAUUUUCGAAAGAGAUUACGUAACCAUAUAUUUGUUACGCUGAAAAUAUGUUCAGCUAGAAUCGAAUAGAUAGAUCUUCAUAUCUUGUUAGCAAUAUUCGGUGAAUUGACCGGUCUUUCGCUAUAUUUUAUUCGACAAGUGGAUCUUUUUUGUUUUUAUUUCGGAUAAAAGAUCGGCCAAUUAAAUUACUAAGAUUUUUCGAAUCUCAUUCGAAGUUAUGGUUUCUGUUAGGUGGAGCGAGAAACACCGUGUGCGACGCGGCACAAGAAUCGAACGAUUCGACAAUGAACGCGCCGCAAUGUUCCUUUGUUGCAAUGGAUUAACGAUUACUGGCACGGAGCGGGGCACGCGGGGACUGGGAGAGAAGUCGGAGAAAAAGAGAGAAAAAGAUAGAGAGAGAGAGAGAGAGAGAGAGAGAGAGAGAGGCCACGUGGUUAUCACCAAGUGCAAUCUAUUUUCUAAUAACGCGGAGAGACACGCGGUUGCGUAAAAGGUCGGCCGUAACGACGCAACGAGUGUGCAGACGUGAAGCGAUUCGUAGAGUUACAGCGAACGGAUCAUCCGAACGCGAGAUUGUGGUAAUCGUUAGCCACGACCCCGGUGGUUACGCGCGGCAUGCGUCAAUGGUCAAUGUAUUCAACCGAUUCAUGGCUCAUUCCCACCUCCUCCGCCUCGCCCUCCUUGUCCUACCCUCCUCCCUCUUUAACCCUCUCCAGCGCGCGCCUUGAACGAUGCGUGUCGAUGAGCACAAGGGUCGAGUCAAGAGGGAAUAGAGAGCGUAUCGAUCGAUCGGUCGCUCGCCGGGAAGUGUAUCUAGUCCGUGUGAACAAACCUAUAUUGAAUAUUGCAGAGUUUAUUAAUAUUAUUAUAUAAUUAUUAUUAUUAUUGACUACGAUUAAUAUUAUUAUUAUCUUUAUUUAAAAGCGUGUCACGCGAAACCAAGCGUAUCGAGGUAGCAACGCAACCAAAUCAUCCUGACGUUACGCGGACGUCGAGGUGCCGCGAUCGUGGACGGUCUUCCUCUAGCUGCCCCCCUCUCUUUUAUUUAUCUGUCUGCCCCCCCCCCCAUACUUCUAUAUUUCUUUAAGAUCGCCGUAGUAUUUUCCUACGUACCGUUGAACCAUCGCGGAACAAACCGCGAGCGGUUCCAAGCGAAACGACAUCGAAUUUGUAUAAUGUGCAUAUCGAUUCGGCGCACGCACAUAUGAACUCGAUGAAAACGUCGUCACUGGUGCUACACGCGAAGAAGAGAACGACAGGAAAGAAGAAUAAGAAGAAGAAGAAGAAGGAGCCUUGGCCCCUCAGGGAAGGGUCGCCAGAGUCCUGGAGCCUCGGAGACGUGCCGGUUCGAGUCGGCGAGCCGCGGCAGCGAAGUAUUAUUACGAUUUAAACGAAACUGAUUUCACGAUGUUUUGUAUUCGGACCGUAGCGUAAUCGAGAGGAGAGUUCAAAUUGAAACGUAGCUUACGUAGACGAUCUCUAGAUCCCGGGAACCCCACGCGAGCUCUUUUUGGAAGUUCUCGAAGCUUCUGCCCGCUCGGUUUACAUUUAGACAAUGUUUCUUGUGCACACUGCUAUUACUAUCGACUGAGAAGAUACAUUCUAGGACCAAAACAGAGUGGAGAACGACGACGGAACAAGCUCGCAUCGCAAUCGGAAGAUCAUGGGAAUAGAAACGACUUGGAACGACGAGGGAUCCCAAUGAGAGCUGCUCUCCGACUCUUCGACAUUUUGUACUCACUCCCGCCGCAAGUUCGUCAUGCUGUUCAAGACAAAUAUUGGCACACAAAUGGCGGCGAGUGUCCGCGCGCUUGCCGGCUGAGCGCCGCGCGACACCCUUACACGUCGUCGUCGAACCAAGGCGAAUCCCGCUUCGUCGGGAAACAAACGAUCGCGACUGCACGAAGCGCGACGCCGGGAACGAUGAUCCAUGACAAAUCGCGAAGCACAUCUUGCCGGCGCGGCGAUCACGGAUCCUGACACGCCGCGGAGCUUCUUGGAUCCCGGGACUCGACCGCUUCGAAGAUCGAAUGCAGGUCAUUCGGCAGAAUUCUCGCUUUGCGCGCGCGUUUUCCACCCCCACCUAUACCCACCCACUUUUUUUUAUAUGUAUCAGCGAUCGGUCCAGCCGUUGAAGAUCGAAACGAUAUCUUUGACAUCGUUGUCCCUGGUACCGUCUGCUGUCUAGAGGUUGUUGUCGGUAUUGAUGCUUGAAAUUCGGUGAAUCGGAAGUUGACCACUUCAGUACUAUACUGCCUCUGUUGGGAUCAGUUCGGAUCUGCUCUUUCAUUUGAUUGUGUCUCAUCGUUUUGUUUCGCGUGCGAGCGAGCGAACGACACCUGUCCGCGUCUUUCACCAAGUUUUUAUACAUUGUCUCCAUUCCUCUCGUUCAUCCCUCAAAGAAGACUGUGUCCGUCGUAGAUCGUUAUACACUUAGCGACAUAGUAAGAUGGAAAUCCAUAUCAGGGUACAGGGAAUAUUUGUAACCUAGUAGUUCGCGGUGACAAGGUUCUAGUGCAGCACCAAUCGAGAGACCUAAUCGGCAGACUGCGGAGUUUACGCGUUUACGAUGAAGUGGCCGAGAUCGAACGCGGCGGAAAGGUCGGACGAGUUGAAGAGCGUCGAUAUGUUACUUUCGAUCUACUAAAAUUGUUACGGAACGAACAUUUGUAUAGUAGUACCCUGCAUUUGUGUUCUAAUUGGUGCCAAAGUACGGGAUUCGGGUCGAAUAGUACAGGGUGCGAGAAAACUGAUGAUCACCGCUUCUAGGGCUGAGUUUCUGGAUCGGUAGACAUUUGUACGAGAAACGAGCCGCGAAAUUGUUUAUAGAAAGAAAAUUGUCGUCGUUGACAUAGACGAAAGCCUGCGCAACUCAAUGUACUGUCGUAUUUUACGCGAAAAUCCCGCAGUCUCCCGAUCGGCAAAGAGACCAAGAGCGUAUUUCGAUUUCGCUUUUCGGUGAGAAUACGGCAGACACGUAUCAAACGAACGACAACCUCUACCAUAAAAUCAUCUUGACGGUACCAACGCAGCCUCGAAUCGAUGAAACUGUCAGCAACCUGUAAAAGUCUGCGAUAAAACAAAUGGGCGAUCGCCGUUUCCUAAAACCACGAUUUCGAUCUUCAAGUUCCGAUCUCCUUUCCUCGUCGAAGCGAACUGUAGACCCCUGAUAGGCCGAGAAAAUAGCACCAAGCGCGUCGAGUGUGCGAACGAACGCGUGAUCGUGUAUGCCGAGUCACGUGUACCCGUGAUGCAGCAAUUUAUUUAUUAUUGGAGGUGUGGGAGGAUCCGAAACUGUCGGGAAUCCGAACCUCGGUUCGGACCAAAUGUAUCUCAUAGUUCGAGAGUUUUGGGAUUCCUCAGGAUCAGCUUUGGGAGGUCGAUAACAGGUUCGGACUACACUCGUUCGUAAAAUCCUCAAAUUCUCGGGUCGGAUACCGAAAGUGCUUCGUAGUUAAAGGGUUGCAAGAUUCGCCAAAAUUUCGAGGAGGAAAAGACAUUUUGGGACUGCGCUCAUCCACAAAAUUCCCAAAUAUUCGGGACGGAUCGAACAUUUUGCUGGGGUGAAUAAUACUUGGGGACUACACCGGCCCGCAAGAUUCCCAAAUAUAAAGUAUCGGGUCGGGUAUCGAAAUGUCUCAUAAUUCAACGAUUUCGUGGUUCGCCAGUACUCUUGGAGAGUUGAACGUCGUUUCGAGUCUACGCGAAAUCGCAAGAUACUUUCGGGAACCCGCCGCGGCCCGACAUUUUCGGGUUCUCGCACGCCCCCGUUUAUCCACACAUCCUGCGCGAAGGGGCGGUUCUUUUCAGUCGUCACUGCCGACGAUCCCCGAUUCUCUGAUCUUCGCCUGUUCGAUGGGUUAAGACUGAACAAAUUGUACAAUAAAACUCGGUUGGACGCGUUGCAUCGCGCGCGACCAUGACUCGGCGAGGCCAACGAAGCGGCGCGCGAUGAUCCUGAUCCUAGCUCCGAAAGCCGAGCAGCGGAGGACCGGAAUCGCGAAUCGGAGCGGACUCCGUCGAUGUCCAGCGCGUUAAUUCACGCUCCGUUAGAUCCUCGAGUCCUCAAGAACGUCGGCGGGAAGGUGCGAACGGGCAUUAGGACGGUUCCGCUCGACGGAGGCUCGGAGAAGAGCAGACCCAUGACCCUUGAAUCUCGCUGUUUAGCUGAAAAGCCACGGGAACCAGCGGCGCGCUAUAUACGUUGCCGGGUGUCGAGACGCCCGAUAUUCGAGCGGACGUCGUAUUCCGCUCGGAACGUUUCUUAUAUUGUUGGACACCUGGCGGCACGGAACUUUCAAGUUGUUGUACACCUGCAGAAGGUGAUCCGGCGAAUCGUCGCGCAAGCUGUACCCGGCGACCUGUCCUGCGACCGGGUUGCUAUGUUAGCCCCGGCGGAGACUAUCUAUGAUAAAUAAGAGAUAUUUUCGUGUUUGCGAGGGAUCUCUUUCGGAGGAACGAAGGAGAGCAUCGCGCCUAUUCCCCCCCAAGAGAAGCCUGCUUCGCGAGGCGAAGCGCCGUGUUACGCUAACUCAUGUUCGCUAGUCCCGUUGCAGUCGUCGAGACGACGACGACGCCACACAUAGUACAAUGUCCCGAGGUAAUUUUUGUAAGUGAAUCUUUUUUCCACCGGAACCAACGCGAUCAAACUGUACAACACGAGUCUAAUACAUACACAAACACACAGAGAGAGAGAGAGACACGCAUUAUAAAACAUAUACCACAUACACGGAUCCACCAAGCGCCCCCAAGUCUCGGUCACGAAAACGCAAAAUAUGAAAAAAGAAAAGAUGAAGAAGAAGCAGGAGGAGGAAAAAUGAAUAACGGCGAGCAUACACAUACAUAUGUACGACAAAGUGUCCGCUUUAGAUUUCGUAAAUGUCGACCCAAGUUAACUGCCAGCUGAGUGUAACGAAACGACCCACUUGCGUGCCCCAACGGAGGAGCGAUCCUUUCGUCGAAGGGCACGCAUAAUCAUUCAUGCAAUAACUGUGUGCCCGAAUCGAAUAAAUGAAAAAGUAACGAA